GAAGAAAAAACAAUAAAACAAGGCGACAUUUUUGGCUUCCAUUUGAGGUCUCGGCGAAAGCGUGUGCUUUGGCGAUAUACUUCUCUCGUUAGGGUUAGGGUUAGGGAACCAUCCGGUGUGGUCCUAGGCGUCCAUGGCUGCCGAGGGCGAGUCCGGCGGCGCCGCGCCUGCCUCCGCCACCAUCCACAUCCGAUGCUCCAACGGCUCCAAGUUCUCCGUGCAGGCAGCGCUCGACGGGACGGUGGGCGCGUUCAAGGCCGUCGUCGCGGGCAUCUGCGACGUGCCGACAGAACAGCAGCGCCUGAUUUACAAAGGAAGGAUCUUAAAGGACGACCAUACGCUCGCGAGCUACGGUGUUGAAUCAGAUCAUACCAUUCACUUGGUUCGUGGUGCUGCUUCAUCAGCUGCACCAGCUGAUAAAGCUGUGAAUAACCAAGGAGCCUCGAGAACAACGAACAGUAGUCCGUCAUCCACUCCGGGAGGUUCCAUGUUCCCAGGCCUGAAUGUUAAUGGGUUAUCUGGUAGUGGAACAGCUGGUUUAUUGGGAACUGGAAUUCCAGAGCUUGAUCAGAUGCAGCAGCAGCUUAGUCAGAACCCAAACAUGAUGAGGGAAAUUAUGAAUUUGCCUGCCAUGCAGAACCUCAUUAGCAAUCCAGAUAUAAUCCGCAAUCUUUUUAUGAACAAUCCUCAAAUGCGUGAAAUUAUUGACCGCAAUCCUGAGCUCGCGCAUGUUCUCAAUGACCCGAGUACUCUAAGGCAGACCCUUGAGGCGGCAAGGAAUCCUGAACUCAUGAGGGAAAUGAUGCGUAACACUGACAGGGCGAUGAGCAAUAUUGAAUCAUCUCCUGAAGGAUUCAACAUGCUACGACGCAUGUAUGAAACUGUUCAGGAGCCAUUCCUUAAUGCAACCACUAUGGGAGGAGACUUAGGGGGUGACAUGGGAUCCAACCCAUUUGCUGCUCUUCUUGGAAAUCAAGGUGCUGGACGUGGCAGAGAGUCUCCAGCAGACUCAGCUCGUAGUCCAGAGCCAACAACUGGAACUGUACCUAAUGCCAAUCCUCUCCCUAACCCUUGGGGCACCAACACUGGAGGGUCACAGCCAGUCAAUACAAGAUCAACUGCUACAAGUGCACCAGCAACUCCUGGCUUAAAUGGUCUUGGUUCUCUGGAUUUUGAAAAUAUGGCUGGUAGGAUGCAGGAUCCCUCCAUGUUAAGUCAGGUUUUGCAAAAUCCUGCCAUGAUGCAGAUGAUGCAAAAUCUCCUUUCUGAUCCUCAGUAUGUUAACCAGAUGCUUAAUUCCAACCCUAAUGUACGUAGUUUAUUGGAAUCCAACACUCAGUUAAGAGAGAUGAUGCAAAAUCCAGAUUUUAUUCGCCAGCUUAUGUCACCUGAAACAAUGCAGCAACUUUUAUCUUUUCAACAAUCUCUGUUCUCCCACAUUGGACGGCAGCAGUCAACCCCGGAACAAGAGCAGACAGGUCGGGGUACUGGCAACGGCACGCAAAGCAACACGGGACUGGAAUUCCUGAUGAACAUGUUUGGUGGGCUUGGUGCAGGAGGUCUUGGGAUCCCCAAUCCUUCAAAUGUACCUCCAGAAGAACUUUAUGCGACUCAGUUGUCCCAGCUUCAAGAAAUGGGAUUUUACGACACUCAGGAGAAUAUCCGUGCGCUAACUGCCACUGCAGGGAACAUCCAUGCUGCCGUCGAGCGACUCCUUGGGAAUCUCGGGCAGUAACUUGACUUGGAAGAACCACUAUUCAGCAUGCCUCCCUGCCUCCUCCGAUCGCCGAGUCCAAGAUUUACCAGCUUUAAGAUCAUGUCUGUAAGAUUCGUCAGUUUUCAUUGUUCCAGAGCAGAUGGCAGCAUAUCAGUUUUAAAUUGUCAGCAUAAAUGACUCGAGACGUCGCCUUUUGUUUCACAUUACCGUAUUUCUUGAAUGCUUACAUGCACAUACGAGGAUGUAUGUAUGUUGAUAUCAUAUACCGUGAAUAAUUAAGAGUAUCGAAUCUAUAGUGUGAUUGUUCUGUUCA